GUGACGGAGGGCAGACUGAAACUUAGACGCUGUCCAUGGUGCUGAAUCGCUCCAACGCGUCCCCUCAAUUUUGGGGGGGACCAACGAUCUCUUGAGCGUUAGAUUUUUUUUUUCUUGCUACCUGUUCAUAUUUGGGUACUCGGAGAGAUGGAUGAUUGAUUAUCAUAAUUCUGCUAAAGCCUUGUUACAGUCUCCUGAUUUAGUCGGACACCUAAUAUCUCAGCUAUCGCUCGUAGCUGGUCUCUGAUUUCUAUGAGACCAACCGCAUGAAUGAAGCGCUUAUGGAAUUGAAAUGAAGAAUCCUGCUCGGCUUGGCAAAAUGUUUGUGAAAACACCCUUUGCCACAUACUUUCAUAGGUUAUUUACAACCCACUGACCCGCUCUAGCCCGAUUCAGUGACAGCUGGAGAAACGAUUAAUGAAACGGAAUUUCAACAUGUUAUAAAAAAAAAAAUGAAGUGAUGAACUUGUCAUAAAUGUAGGGAAUCUGCAAACAGGAGAUCUAACCUACGUUUUUUUCGUCUUUGUGACAAGAGGAUCAACAUUCAUCAAGGCAUGGCUCGCUUGCUUGUUUUGGUUAACUCCGUGGUCCUGUUGCUUUUUGGCAGCGACAUGUUCUUGGUGGGAGCAAACCGGCCACCAGCUCCUGUCAACGUGUCCGUCAUGCACCUGCGGGCUGACUCAGCAACUGUCUCCUGGGAGGUCCCAGAGGGAGAUAUCAUCAUUGGCUUCUCAAUCUCACAACAAAGGCAGGAUGGCCACAUGCAGCGAUUCAUCCGGGAGGUCAACACCACCAGUCGAGCCUGCGUUCUCUGGGACCUGGAGGAGGAAACUGAUUACAUCAUCCAGGUUCAGUCGAUUGGGCUCUACGGGGAAAGUCAAGCCAGCAAGAAGGUCCAUUUUCGCACACUCAAGAAAUCUGACCGCUUCCCCUCCAACAGCUCCAAUCAAGAUGACCCUACAGUGCAGGGGCUGGACAAGUCCAGACAUCUACAGACAGGAGAGAUGAUCAUCAUUGUGGUGGUUUUGGUCAUGUGGGCAGCUGUUAUUGCCCUCUUCUGCCGACAGUAUGACAUCAUCAAGGACAACGACUCCAGCAACAAUAAGGAGAAGGCCAAGCCGUCCUCAGAGAGGAGCACCCCAGAGCACCACAGCGGAGGCCUGCUGCGGAGCAAGUUUCAUCCCUCUGUGCCAUCUAUCAACAUCAUUGAAGUUUGAGGGGAAGGAUGCGGAUGUCAAGAUUUCCACAUAGCAUAGCUCCUCUCCUCCUGUAACUCUAUUUUCAAACUUUCUCACGACGAGGAAACAAAAAAA